GAACGCGUCAAGAAGUCGUGGUCGAGAGUGUGCAGCUGCUAGUCAAAGGACAACUAGAAAAGAAAAAUAAAUAACAAAUAUUAUUAAUAAAUGUGCAAACUGUGAGACAACGAAAAAGCGUUAAGCCUAAGAAAACAUUGCGUUUCAUAAUUAAUAUACAAUACAUGACGGAUACCGUAAAUGUCAUCGAUUCUAAUAAAUAGAUAACCAAGUUGCCAACUAUGUGUUCCAGCAUAUUUGGGCUCCUUGUGCUUGUGGUACUUGUAAUCACAACAAAUGCUGCUCAUCUUCAUCGCAUACGCCGCCAAAAUCGCUCCGAUCAGCUGCUGGCCAGCAUUGGAAUACACGCCCAAGCCUACAAACCUGUUCGUGAACCCAUGUCGAAAGCUUUGCCAGCGUACACGAAUAUAGAUCGAGAUUUUCGCCAUUUGUUUAUCCAAACUCGGACAACGACUCUCAACUGGGCUCUACAAGAUAUGGAUGCGCUUUACAAAAGCAGCAGACGCGAGGGAAAAAUGCAAACUCCAAUUCCUGGUCAAGUACCGUUUCCCUGCCCGUUGAACAACACACGAUCGCGCAUUGUGCCCAUAUCGGUGGAGCGUUUACGGCCCGGUGAUAUAGACAUCAUAGCUGCCAUUGGUGACUCACUGUCGGCUGGCAAUGGCAUUAUGUCGCAUAGUGCCCUCGACGUGAUCAACGAAUUUCGGGGCCUGGGCUUUUCGGGUGGCGGCAUGGGCAACUGGCGGAAUACUCUAACCUUGCCCAACAUACUGAAAGAAUUCAAUCCGCAGCUCUAUGGCUAUGCCACUGGCCACAGUCUGGUCGUGAAUCAUAAGAUAUCACGCCUGAGCAUUGCCGAGCCCAUGGUCAUGUCCCAUGACUUGCUCUAUCAGGCACGUGUGCUAAUCGAUCUACUGCAGCGAGAUCCACAUGUCGAUAUGCAGCGUCACUGGAAGCUGCUCACCGUGUACGUGGGCAACAACGAUGUCUGCUCCGACAUGUGCCACUGGACCGAUCCACAAUCGUUGCUCGAUCAGCAUGCCCGCGAUCUGCGCCAAGCUUUUCGACUACUACGCGACAAUGUGCCCCGGCUGGUCAUCAAUAUGAUAGCGGUGCCCAAUGUGCCGCUCACAAUGAGCCACCUGAAACAGGUGCCGUUCGAAUGCUUUCUAGUGCAUCGUAUUGCCUGCCACUGCUUGAUGAGCGAUCGCCUCAGUCGGGAGCAACUGGAGCAGCGCAUGGACACGAUACGGCGAUGGCAGCAGCUGGAUUUGGAUGUGGCACGACUGCCCGAAUUUCAGCGCAAGGAUUUCGCCAUUAUUGGCCAUCCCCUGAUCACCAAUCUGACAACGCCCUUGUUGCCCAAUGGCAACACCGAUUGGCGCAUCUUCUCCCACGACUGCUUUCACUUUAGCCAGCGUAUGCACGCGAUCGUCUCCAACAUGCUGUGGAACAGCAUGCUUCUGCCAGAUGAACAGAAGCCACGACCCAAUAUCCUACCGAAACUCUUUGAGAAGUUUCUCUGCCCCAGCAAAGAACAGCCCUUCCUUGUGGUGCGGCCCAGUUGAGAAUGGAUUGUCCAAGUAAAACUUGGAUGGUGAAUGGUAUUCUAAAUACUCGAGCAGCGAGGAGUAGCACUGGAUUAGGAGUAGCACAGCCCUUAAAUAACCAAGUUAAGAGAUUAACUUGCCAUUAAUUCCUAUAUAUUUUUUUGGUGUUAAAAUUGCACUGAGGCAUCACCAAAUUUCUUUCCUAUGGCUGACAGGGCAUAAAAUUCAUCUCCACAUUGUUAAUUUUCGAUGGAAAAUGUUGAACGAUAUUUGGUUUGAAAAUAUAUUAAACGAAACUGAA